AAAAAAAAAUUUGGGUCUCUCUGAUUAAAUAAAAAAAAGCCGAUUUUGGCUAAUUUAUACCAAACACAUUUCUUCUUCUUCUUCUUGUUCCCCGUGUAUAUCAUCAAAAGAUGCAGAGGUUUUUCGCAGCGAGAUCGAUUCUGGGUAACGCCGUCAAGACUCGGAGGAGCUCCUUCUCGUCUCUAUCAUCUUCCCUCCUCUUCGACGAUACUCAGUUACAGUUUAAAGAAAGUGUAUCCAAGUUUGCGCAAGAUGUUAUCGCUCCUCAUGCCGAAAGAACCGAUAAAACUAAUUCAUUUCCAAAGGAUGUUAACUUAUGGAAGCAGAUGGGUGAGUUCAAUCUCCAUGGAAUCACUGCACCUGAGGAAUAUGGAGGUUUAGGUCUUGGUUACUUGUAUCAUUGUAUAGCAAUGGAGGAAAUCAGUCGGGCCUCAGGGUCAGUUGCUCUGUCUUAUGGUGCCCAUUCCAACCUUUGCAUCAAUCAAUUGGUGAGGAAUGGAACUACAGCCCAAAAGCAGAAAUAUUUGCCAAAGCUGAUCAGUGGGGAGCAUGUUGGUGCUCUAGCAAUGAGUGAACCCAAUGCCGGUUCAGAUGUUGUCAGCAUGAAAUGCAAGGCUGAUAAGGUAGAUGGUGGUUAUAUAAUAAAUGGCAACAAGAUGUGGUGCACUAAUGGUCCGUCUGCUGAAACACUGAUUGUUUACGCGAAAACUGAUACAAAGGCAGGUUCUAAAGGAAUAACGGCUUUCAUUAUAGAGAAGGGUAUGGAUGGAUUCAGUACUGCUCAGAAGUUGGACAAACUGGGAAUGCGGGGAAGCGAUACGUGCGAGCUUGUUUUUGAGAAUUGCUUUGUUCCUGAAGAAAACAUUCUUGACAAGGAAGGAAAAGGAGUGUAUGUUCUGAUGUCUGGUCUGGAUUUGGAGAGACUUGUUUUGGCAGCUGGGCCAUUAGGGAUCAUGCAGGCAUGCCUUGACACUGUACUUCCUUAUAUUCGCCAGAGAGAACAGUUUGGUCGUCCAAUUGGAGAAUUACAGUUUAUACAGGGCAAAGUUGCUGACAUGUACACUGCAUUACAGUCUUCAAGGUCAUACGUCUACUCUGUUGCUAGGGACUGUGACAAUGGGAACAUUGACCCAAAGGACUGCGCCGGAACUAUUCUCUGUGCAGCCGAAAGAGCAACUCAAGUCGCUUUACAGGCGAUACAAUGUUUAGGCGGAAAUGGAUAUAUAAACGAAUAUGCAACAGGACGCCUUCUGAGAGAUGCAAAGCUAUAUGAAAUCGGUGCGGGAACAAGCGAGAUAAGAAGGAUUGUCAUCGGUCGCGGGCUUUUCAAAGAACAAUAGAGAAAAGUAUGUUUUCUUGCCAAUGCGACAUUUUCACUCUGUACAAGUAUAUAUAAUUUACAAUGUCCACAGUAACCUCCCAAUAAAAAAUAUAACUUCCAAUCCAA